CCGAUGAUAGUGUAACGUUGUAGUAGGAGGCAUUUGAUUUUGGCAAAAUUUCCUCUCGUGAUUCGUGACCGCGUCUCGAGUCAACAUCGUCGUGUUUAUAACAGUAACACCGUCCCACGCAAGGAGGUCCACUUUCUCCCUAUCUUUCCCAUGACCUCCACCGCGCGCCUCAGACGACUCGGCACGGCCGUCGGAGCCGCCGUUGCCACCGCUUACGGUGGCUCAAUCAUCUUUCAUCCUCCGAUCUCUGCCAGUGAUCAUGGAGGUGGCCCUGCUCACCUUUCCGCCAUUCGGCAGAAGAUCCACGACCCCUACGCCGUUGUUCCCUCGAGAGACGUCCAGCAAUCGGCCUUGAUUGGUGCCAGCUCGGCCAAUCCUCUCGACAUACUUGUUAUUGGUGGUGGCGCCACGGGUUCCGGUGUAGCACUCGACGCUGUGACCCGAGGACUCCGCGUUGGUCUCGUUGAAAGAGAGGAUUUUUCUUCUGGAACUUCCUCCCGCUCCACUAAGCUCAUUCAUGGAGGUGUCCGCUACUUGGAGAAAGCUGUCUUUAAUCUUGACUAUGGGCAACUGAAAUUGGUAUUCCAUGCACUUGAGGAGCGUAAACAGGUUAUUGACAAUGCACCACACCUAUGCAAUGCCUUGCCUUGCAUGACACCAUGUUUUGACUGGUUUGAGGUAGUGUACUACUGGUUAGGAUUGAAAAUGUACGAUUUGGUCGCAGGAGCACGACUCUUGCAUUUAUCAAGAUAUUAUUCCGCAAAAGAAUCUUCUGAACUCUUCCCUACCCUAGCAAGGGAGGGGAAAGGUAGAAGCUUGAGGGGCACAGUAGUUUAUUAUGACGGGCAGAUGAAUGAUUCAAGACUUAAUGUCGGAUUGGCUUGUACUGCUGCAUUAGCUGGUGCAGCAGUGCUGAAUCAUGCAGAGGUUAUUUCCUUUCUGAAGGAUGAUGUUGGUGAGCGAAUAAUAGGUGCACGAAUCCGAGACAGCCUAUCUGGCAAAGAGUUUGAUACAUAUGCAAAAGUAAUCGUUAAUGCAGCUGGACCAUUUUGUGACUCUGUAAGAAAAUUAGCUGACAAGGAUGCACGAGCUAUGAUCUGUCCCAGCAGCGGUGUACAUAUUGUCCUCCCUGAUUACUAUUCUCCUGAAGGAAUGGGCUUAAUUGUUCCUAAAACUAAGGAUGGCCGUGUUGUUUUCAUGCUGCCAUGGCUAGGAAGAACUGUGGCUGGAACUACGGAUUCCAACACCACAAUUACUUUACUUCCAGAACCGCAUGAAGAUGAGAUACAAUUCAUUUUGGAUGCCAUCUCUGAUUACCUGAAUAUUAAAGUAAGACGGACAGAUGUGCUUUCUGCUUGGAGUGGAAUUCGCCCACUAGCAAUGGAUCCAUCAGCCAAAAAUACUGAGAGUAUUUCCAGGGAUCAUGUUGUCUGUGAGGAUUAUCCUGGUUUGGUUACUAUAACUGGUGGAAAGUGGACUACCUAUCGCAGCAUGGCAGAAGAUGCAGUUGACACAGCUAUUAAGUCUGGAAAGCUGAAUGCUGCUAGCAGAUGUUUGACCAGCAAUCUGCGUCUUGUUGGUGGUGAAGGUUGGGAUCCAGCACAUUUUACCAUUAUUGCACAACAAUACAUGCGCAUGAAAAGAACACAUAGUGGUAAAAUUGUUCCUGGAGUAAUGGACACUGCUUCAGCAAAGCACUUGUCUCAUGCAUAUGGAAUAUUAGCUGAACGUGUGGCUGCCAUAGCUCAGAUUUAUAAGAUCUUGAGCACCAAGCAUAACCAGUUGCAUGUCAGCACCAUUGAUUUAUUUGGUGUCACCGCCGGUUUGAUUUAGAAACUGUAGCUAUAACCAUUGAAAUGCUUGCAUUCCGAUAAACAUGUAUUGCCUUUUGCUUUGUAUUUUUUUGUUGGUUCAGUUCUCGUGUUAUAACUUAUAACCUUACGGUUCGCCUAGGUUUAGUUUGAAAUUCAUCUGAUGAUUUUUUUCAAGUUUGGUUGAGUUUGUCUCUUUUACUUCAUAAAUUGGGCAACAGUUACAGGUUUUGCCUGAAUGGCACUGUUUACAUGUCUCUUUUACUUCAUAAAUUGGGCAAAAAGUUACAUAUUUUGCAUGAAUGGUACUGCCUCUUCCUAUUAGGGAUGAGAUGAUGGUCUAAGUCAGAAACUCGUGUAGCUGAUCUUAUCACGCACGAAACAAGGCAUACAGCAUAGCCAUUUUCUUUAAAAUAGCUUUUGAUUCCGGUCAUUGUACUAUAUUAGUAUAUUUCUUAAAGUAUUCAUGUUGUAAAUGCGUGAUGUAGUAAGAAACUUUAUCUCACCUGCAUUCAAUAAUAAAUAUUUUUGCUGUAGUUGUACUUUAGAAUUUUAUCUUAUUUUCUUGCACUUGUGGCAUAGAUAUAAAAAAUUACCCCUUUUCUUAUUCGGGAUUGAGCUUCUACGUCUCAUAUUGAUAAAAUCUCUUUUGGAAUUAUUUUAUGAUUGUUGUGCUGGCGUGAAACUUCGCUACGUUUAAGGAUACCUGAAGUACUUGUAACUACAAUCUGAAUCAGCUUGCUGUAAAUUAUAAACAUGUGACAUUAUGUUAUAGAAGCUGAUCACAAUAUUGGGAUGUUGCGAGGUCAUUGGUCUACUUUAGUUGAAUUGAAGUUCAAAAGCCAAUGGUUUUAAUCAUGUCAUCUUGUAUUAUAUGAUAAAAUUAUCACCCUUAAUCAUGGUCUGUAAGUUUUGAUUAAUUUUAUGUUUUCAUCUUGCGGCUAAUUGUU